UAUCCAAUUUUGCAUAACCUAUGGUUUCGGGUGGCUGACUGUCAGUCUGCCACAUUCACAUUAUUUUCUAUCCCUUUAACCCAAUUUCUAACUUCCUCAAGUCAUCUGGUCCUUCUUCGAAGAUAAUAGGCCACUCGUACGGGGGCUGUAGCCGUAUUAAAUCGAAGAUAAUUAAAUCGUCGGCUUAUGAUAAAGUGACGUAACGCAACGGAGACCACGGUGAAACCGUACGGUAACGAAUGUUGAAAUAUCGAAAAUGCUUACGUCAAUAUGCUUCCAAUACUCUAACCUAGUUGAUUGCUCGUUCAAAUCGUUCCUCAAUUUUCAUUCCAUAACGUGUUAAAUCACGGUUAAUCACGAUCUACGACGAUGCAAAAUAAUUCCAAAACCAGAGAGAUGUUUAUCGUUCGUGCUCUCGAAAAAAUACUCGCCGACCGCGAUAUCAAGCGGUCUCACCUUUCACAGCUUAAAAAAUCAUGCGAAUCUGCUCUUGACGAUCUUCGCAAUGAGAUUAAAGAAGUUCCGACUGUCACGGGCGAAGAAACCACAUCUAAUGCUCUUCCGUUGCCCAAAAGUGACUCUAAUGUCAUUUCGGCAGAGAAAUACUUUUUGCCGUUUGAACUGGCCUGCCAGAGCAAGUCACCUCGAAUCGUGGUCACCGCAUUGGAUUGUUUGCAGAAAUUAAUAGCUUAUGGCCACCUCACUGGGAAUGUUCCCGACUCUACUGAGCCUAACAAAUUGCUAAUUGUUCGUAUUGUUGAGACGAUAUGCGACUGUUUCAUGGGACCUCAAACGGACGAAGGCAUUCAGCUACAGAUUAUAAAAGCUCUUUUAACUGUCAUGACCAGUCAACAUGUGGAAGUACACGAGAGGACGGUUCUGCAAACGAUUCGCACGGUUUACAAUGUUUACCUUGCAUCCAGGAAUCUAGUUAAUCAAACAACUGCAAGAGCAACUUUAACGCAAAUGAUUAAUGUGAUUUUUGCUCGUAUGGAAUCUCAAGCGGAGGAAGAAUCUUUGAGAACUGAAAACGAGCAGCAAGAAAGUUUGGCAGCUUCGGCAGGUGAAACAGAGACUGAAGCUGUGAUAAACGAGGAGCCUCCAAUAAAUGAUCCUACAGAAGCACAGAUGUUGGUGAAAUCUAUUCUUGAUCAGAUGGUAAAUACCAUCGUUCCUGAGGACUCAAGCCCAGUAUUAGCUUCUGAUGAAGUUUCUCUUGAUCAAGUACCGACUGAUGACACAACUGAUGAAAACACUGUGGAAAGUGAUAAUAUGGUCACAGCGAAAUUUACUCAUGUUCUACAAAAAGAUGCCUUUCUUGUAUUCAGAGCACUUUGCAAACUUUCUAUGAAGCCUCUGCCUGAUGGGACACCAGAUCCAAAGUCCCAUGAGCUUCGUUCAAAAAUUUUGUCACUUCAGUUACUUUUAGGUAUCCUACAGAAUGCAGGUCCAGUAUUGCGAUCGAAUGAGAUGUUUGUUAUAGCUAUAAAACAAUACUUAUGUGUCGCACUAUCUAAAAACGGGGUCUCAUCUGUUCCUGAAGUUUUUGAGUUGUCACUAGCCCUGUUCUUGGCUCUACUGGCGCGGUUCAAAGUCCACUUAAAAAUGCAGAUAGAAGUGUUCUUCAAGGAAAUUUUCAUGAACAUAUUAGAAACCUCCAGUUCAUCUUUCGAACACAAGUGGAUGGUCAUACAUGCUCUGACACGGAUUUGCGCAGAUGCUCAAAGCGUCGUGGACAUCUAUGUAAAUUAUGAUUGCGACCUUUCUGCGGCAAACUUAUUUGAAAGACUUGUUAAUGAUCUAUCCAAAAUCGCCCAGGGCCGUCACGCACUCGAAUUAGGCGCCUCCCCUAAUCAGGAAAAGUCUAUGCGCAUUCGAGGCCUAGAAUGUCUCGUUUCGAUAUUAAAAUGCAUGGUCGAGUGGAGCAGAGAUCUUUACGUUAAUCCUAGCAUACCUGCGGACCAACAGCCACCUUCUGAGCCCCCUGAUCCUCCUCUUGAACCACCCUUGCCUCAUUACGGCAGUGCGGGUAGCCUUUCUUCCGCAAACUCAAGCUUGACGGGAAAUAAAGAGAUUCCAGAUUCCCCAGAGCAAUAUGAGGUCCAAAAGCACCAGAAAGAAGUCUGGGAAGCCGGAAUUGACAUCUUCAAUCGAAAACCAAGCAAAGGUGUCCAGUACUUACAGGAACAGGGUCUGCUUGGUGGUUCUGUAGACGAGGUGGCUCGCUGGCUACACAUAGAUGACCGCCUUGAUAAAACAGCGAUUGGCGAUUUCUUGGGUGACCAUAAUCAUAACCAAGUUAUGUAUAGCUACGUGGAUCAGAUGGAAUUUGCAGAUAGGGAUCUAGUCACCGCUCUCAGAUAUUUUCUAGAAGGUUUCCGGCUACCUGGAGAGGCUCAAAAGAUUGAUAGACUUAUGGAGAAGUUUGCUAGUCGAUAUUGCGAGUGCAAUCCAAACAAUGGUUUGUUCACAAGUGCCGACACUGCCUACGUCCUUGGUUUUUCUAUUAUAAUGCUGACGACUGAUCUGCACUCACCGCAAGUUAAAAAUAAAAUGACUAAAGAACAAUACAUCAAACUAAAUCGCCGAAUAAGUGAUAAUGAAGAUUUACCAGAAGAGUAUUUGUCUAAAAUUUAUGACGAAAUUGCUGGCAAUGAAAUUAAAAUGAAAUCUAAUCCAAAUCGGCCUGGAAAACAAGUCAUAUCCAGUGAAAAAAAACGACGACUCUUGUGGAAUAUGGAGAUGGAAGUUAUUUCGACAGCUGCUAAAAAUUUAAUGGAAUCAGUCAGCCAUGUUCAGGCUCCUUUCACAACAGCAAAACACCUUGAACACGUACGUCCAAUGUUCAAAAUGGCAUGGACACCAUUUUUGGCUGCCUUUAGUGUCGGGUUACAGGAUUGUGACGAUCCGGAAAUAGCUUCACUUUGCCUUGAUGGUAUCCGAUGUGCAAUUCGCAUCACAUGUAUAUUUCACAUGUCGCUUGAACGUGACGCAUAUGUACAAGCACUAGCCAGAUUCACAUUGCUGACAGCAAACUCUCCGAUAAUGGAAAUGAAGGCGAAAAAUAUAGAUACCAUUAAAACUCUCAUCACCGUCGCUCACACGGACGGCAACUACCUUGGAGGAUCGUGGCUCGACGUUGUAAAAUGUAUCUCCCAACUGGAGCUAGCCCAAUUAAUUGGAACUGGCAUCAGGCCACAGCUUCUCGGACCACCUUCCAAGCCACACUUUCCCUCACCACUAGCAAAUCUUACUAGUCUAAGUCACAACAACUCUCAUCAAACGAACAAUUUGAUUCUCAGCUCUCUGGAUCCCAGUGUCAAAGAAUCAAUAGGAGAAACCAGUUCGCAAAGUGUGGUUGUAGCUGUGGACAGAAUAUUUACUGGCUCUAUGAGACUGGACGGUGAUGCCAUAGUAGAAUUUGUAAAAGCUCUUUGCCAGGUUUCACUGGAAGAGCUUGCGCAUCCUACGCAGCCGCGGAUGUUUUCUUUAACAAAAAUUGUCGAGAUUUCUUACUAUAACAUGGGCCGAAUUAGGCUACAAUGGUCUAGGAUUUGGCAGGUGCUAGGGGACCAUUUUGACACUGUGGGAUGCAGUCCUAGACAAGAUAUUGCCUUUUUCGCUGUCGAUUCUCUGAGACAGCUGGCAACUAAGUUUAUUGAAAAAGGCGAAUUCGCUAACUUCAGAUUCCAAAAAGAUUUUCUAAGACCAUUUGAGCACAUUAUGAAGAAAAAUAGAUCACCAACAAUCAGAGACAUGGUCGUCAGAUGUGUUGCUCAAAUGGUACAUUCUCAGGCACCAAAUAUACGCUCUGGAUGGAAAAAUAUAUUCAGCGUAUUUCAUCACGCCGCUAGCGAUCGUGACGAAGCUGUGGUUGAUCUUGCUUUCUCUACAACUGGAAAAAUAAUAAAUGAACUCUAUGCCGAACAUUUUGGCAUUAUGGUUGAUUCGUUCCAAGACGCUGUCAAGUGCCUUAGUGAAUUUGCUUGCAACGCGUCAUUCCCUGAUACGAGCAUGGAAGCAAUUAGACUGAUUCGUUCCUGUGCAUCAUAUAUCGAUGCCAAUCCUACUUUGUUCACCGAAGGAAUGAUGGAUGAUAAUGGUACUGUGUCAGAAGAGGACAGAGCUUGGGUAAGAGGCUGGUUUCCUCUGUUAUUUGAAUUGUCUUGCGUCGUAAGCAGGUGCAAACUAGACGUUAGAACUAGAGCUUUGACUGUCCUAUUUGAUGUCGUGAAAACCUAUGGAGCUUCGUUCAAGCCUCAUUGGUGGAAGGACCUGUUCCAGGUUCUCUUCAGAAUCUUUGACAACAUGAAGUUGCCAGAACAGCACACAGAGAAAGCGGAAUGGAUGACGACAACCUGCAACCACGCAUUGUAUGCGAUAGUUGAUGUAUUUUCUCAGUUCUACGAUACUUUGGGCCCUCUAUUGCUAGAACAAUUGUAUGCUCAGCUUCUUUGGUGUGUGCAACAAGACAACGAACAGCUAGCUAGAUCAGGGACAAACUGUUUGGAAAAUUUAGUAAUAAGUAACGGUGUCAAGUUCACUGAAUUAACAUGGGAGAAAACUUGUCAUUGUGUUUUUAGUAUUUUUGACAGCACUUUACCGACAGCUUUGCUCACCUGGAAACCACAUUCUUCUAACAAAGAAUCAGACCUUGAAGUAAUAAAUGGGGAUAUCGACGGGCAUAUAGGAAUUUUAAAACGAACAGUCAGUACACAGAGCCUGGUUACCAAUGAGGAUCAUAUAACGAGACUUUUCUCUGCUCUUCUAAUAAAGUGUGUAGUUCAGCUUGAACUGAUCCAGACAAUAGACAACAUUGUUUUUUACCCUGCUACUUCGAGAAAAGAAGAUCAAGAAAAUUUGGCGCUCGCUCAAGCAGACAUGUUAAACGGACGUACGCCAGAACUUGGUGGUAAGGGUGGCGGAGAUCAGCAGAAAGAAGAACAAGGAAUGUAUUGUGCUCUGACGUCACCGCAUUUGCUGCAGUUAGUCGAGUGCCUCUUGAAAUCCCAUCGUUUUGCCAAAAGUUUCAACACAAACCACGAACAGCGUAAUAAUCUUUGGAAAGCUGGUUUCAGAGGAAACGUAAAGCCGAACCUCUUGAAACAAGAAACUCAGUCAUUGGCAUGUGCGCUGCGGAUUCUGCUGAAAAUGUAUAGUGAUGAGGCGCGCAGAGACGACUGGGCCAAGGUAGAGUCUCAUUUGGUGGAAGUGUCUAAAGAAGCCUUAGAGUAUUUCUUGGCUCUAUCCAGCGAGGCUCACCGAGAUGCUUGGACACCGAUUCUCCUGCUCUUGCUGACCAGAGUUUUGAAAAUGUGCGACAGCAGGUUUGCUGUUCAUGCAUCCAACUGUUACCCGCUUUUAUGCGAGGUAAUGUGUUUUGAUCUCAAGCCCGAAUUACGUUCGGUUCUCAGAAGAUUUUUUCUGAGAAUUGGCCCUGUAUUUAGGAUCACCCCGCAGUGACGGUGAAGGCCCGUGUAAACAUUUAUAUAUAUAUUUUAUAACUUGUAUUAUUUUACAUGUAUAUACAUAUUUAUAUGGCAUACUAGUCUCUGUAUAUGAAUAUGUAUGUAUACGUGAUUAUGUAUGUAUGUAGCUACUAAAUAGAUGUAGACUAUUAUCUUUAAGCACAUUAUGUAGUACGUAGGAAUAAUAUUUUCAAAUUCUUCUGUUACACCAUGUAUAAUUAAAUUAUAAAGUGACUAUAGCUUAGCAUUAUCCCUAUUCGUAUUUAUCGGAUGCAGAAAACAUUCAGUUUCUCGCUUAUAUUAUACUACCUACCGGAUGUUUUUACGGUUCCACCAUCUUUCAAUAAAUUCCGUACUGUAAGUUAAGCCCAAA